UUUUCCACGAAAUAUUCGAGGAUGAAUAUCGAGGAACACGAUGUCUGAAACGAUCUUCCCAACCGCUGUGCCACAAUUCGCACCGUGAACGAGCGUCGAAAAUGCUCGCGAGCUUCCUGUCGAGAACGAGAGCGAAAAUUGAAAAUGAGAAACUGGUGACUUUGUUGAAAAUUUGAUAUGAUUCGGAUGAGGGUGGAAUCGAUGGGCGAAGAAGCAGCGUGAGGAAGAAAACUUUGCUCGUUCCAAGGCAAAGGGAAGGUGUUACAAGUUAGUGCGAUCACACGAUGCUUCAAGAGAUGGAGAUCACUUCGGAGAGGGUGAUCAAAAAUCUGACCAACGUCUCGAACUCGAUGAAUAACAACGAAACACUGAGGUACAACGAGGAGUUCGAUUACAGCUUCGAUCGCGACCAAGUGGAGAAGAUAGUGGUUGUGGUCGUUCCAAUAUUUUUCGGCAUGAUAGGUAUAUUGGGACUGGUUGGGAAUUCGUUGGUGGUGAUCGUGGUGGCGGCUAACCCGACCAUGAGAUCGACCACGAACAUCUUGAUCAUCAAUCUGGCCGUGGCAGAUCUCUUGUUCGUCAUCCUUUGCAUACCGUUCACCGCCACGGAUUUCGUGCUACCGUUCUGGCCUUUCGGCAAUUUUUGGUGCAAGAUGGUCCAGUACCUCAUCAUCGUCACUGCCUACGCCAGUGUUUAUACUUUAGUCCUCAUGAGCCUUGAUAGAUACUUGGCCGUGGUUCAUCCUAUUUCCUCGAUGUCGUGGAGGACCGAGAACCACGCGAUCGUCGCCAUUUGCAUCGCUUGGGCGAUGAUAUUCGCGAUAUCAACCCCUGCAUUCUUCGUCCACGGCGAGUUUCAGGACAUGGAUGGCUCGUCGUCGGAGAACCUGACGGCUUGUCGAAUCCUACCGCAAUAUAAUUGGCCGUUAUUCCAGAUGUCGUUUUUCCUGAUGAGCUACCUGCUGCCACUGAUGCUGAUAUGCUUCUUUUACAUUUGCAUGCUCAUCAGGCUCUGGCGCACCGAUCGCGUCAGUGCCGAAAGCCGUCGUGGAAGAAAACGAGUCACGAGGCUGGUCUUCGUCGUCGUUGGCGUUUUCGCCUUUUGUUGGUGCCCUAUACAGGUAAUACUAGUGACGAAAUCGUUGGACGUGUAUCCAUUGACAUCAGCGACGAUAAUGGUGCAAAUAGCGAGCCACAUUUUGGCAUACACGAACAGCUGUGUCAAUCCUAUUCUUUACGCCUUCCUCAGCGAUAGUUUUCGAAAAGCUUUUCGAAAAAUUAUUUACUGCAGACCUCGAUCGGAUCAAAACAGACAAUUGGGACCAUUGACGAAGACUACGAGAGCUGCCAGUACCGGUGACAUCAUUUAGGUCACAAAUACUCCGACGCCGGAUUCGUCCAGUUAACAAGCACUGAUUGCGCCGAUUUUACGUCUAAAUUAGAGUGUAUUCGCCGGGUAUUCGAUAUUCGUUGUAACAUGGAACAGUUAUCAUGUGAACUCGAGCGUGCAUUUGUGCCGUUUAACCGUGACAAAUCGUUUUACGAAACAAUUUAUACCGAUAUAUAUAUAUAUAUAUCUAUAUAUAUAUAUCUUUGAUUUUCCUAAUUAAACGAAUCUCGAAUUUUUGCUCGAUUUUUGGAGCAAAACCCAUCUCUGAUCGAGAUUAAUCCCAUCGGAUCGUAAAUAAGCGUCUUUUCUCGCUUGCGUGUGCGUGUGUUUGCGUGUGUGCGUGUCGAAAGGUAAUAAAAAAAAAGAAAAAAAAGAAAAAAAAAAGCAUUUUAUACGUGUAAAACCUCUAUCCGUAAUACGUGAGAUUUACAUCCGUGAAUAAAAAUUGUGUACAUAUAUAUAUACAUAUAAAAUAACGCUUGUUGAGUGAUGGACUGCGGAUUUUUAUGGAAAUUUUUCAUGUGUGUUGUGUUUUGUGUAAAGUGAUAUAAUAAUAAACGCGUCUUCUUAUAUCUUAUGUUUUGUUUGGACUCUUAAUUGAUGCGAUGUUUGUUCGAAGAAAGAAAAUUGUGACAGGAAUUAAUCAUUUAUUCAACGAUUAAGCGUUAUACAUAUAUAUAUAUACAAAUUUAAUCGAAUGAAAAAGAAUGAAUAGAGAGAUAAAAGUGUUAAGAGUGUAAGGAAAAAUUUAAUAGAAAUAUGUGAUGACAAAAAAAAAAUAUUUACAAACGAUUUAGAGAAAAGAAUUAUCAAAAAAAAAAAAAAAAAAAAACUAUCGUCGUCACGUAUUUUAUAACGAAGAUUUGCGAAAAGUAUAUGUAUAUAAUAAAAUUAUUAUCUUAUAAGUGUACAUAUUAUAUCCUAUAUAAUUUUUUUAGAAUAUAAUUGAUAUUUUUACAUAUAUUAGUUGAAUAUACGAGCACGUUUUAGCUGCAUAAAAAUUCGCAGUCUAUAAAUACAAAUAAACAAUAAGUGAAUAAAAGUUAAAUAAAUAUAGGUUGAAUCAUGGUUACUAUAUACAUAUAUAUAUAGUUAUAGAGGAAGAAAGAAACAAUUUUAUCGUUUGUUCGGCGAAAAAAUAAAAAUAAAAAUUCGAGGAAAAAAAAAGAAAAAAAGAAAAGAAAAAAAGAAAAUAUUGAAAGAGCUUAAUAAACUCGAUCAAGAGAUUUCACAUUUAAAUUAGAAUUUUAAUAUUGUUUUGAGAAGAGAUUUCGCGAGGAUUCAUGGAUUGUGGUAGAUGAGCCCCUGCCCUUUCCGUGAAUCACGUAUAGGGGAGAAAAGUAAAAUUUUUUACUUUUAGAAUGUAAAAAAAAAAAAAAAAAGAAAAAUUUGAUUUUUCUCUCCUUCCCUUUUUUUUUUCUUUUUCAGCUGAAGAGGCGUAGAUUUUAAAAGUUUUAGAGUUAAGACUUUGUCGAGAACUUGGCGAAGAAUUGUCCUGAUACAAAUUGUAAAGUAUAUAUAUAAUAUAUAUAUACAUAUAUCAAUAAAGAUGAUGAUAUAAUUACAAAUUAAA